CACAAUGACAUCUCCAGCGUUUGCUCUCUAUCUCACAUGUCUGUUCUUGGGGAAAAUGGCUCAGACAACCGAUCUGCCAUUCUCAUCUGAACGUCAAGAGACACGUUUUGUAUCAGCUACAACAAAGGAGAACUUGACUCUGCAAUGUUUCCAUGAAGGUGCUGUUGCGGCAAGGCUUUACUGGUACAAACAAACUCUAGGGCAGAAACCGAGGCUCAUCUCUACCUUCUAUAUGUAUGAUAAAAAAAGGUACUUUUACGGCGAAUUCAAGAACAAUUCCCGCUUCGCAUUGGAUACUGAAAAUGGUCAAAAUCAUUUGACAAUCAAAGACUUGCGCAUUUCAGACUCAGGUACCUAUUAUUGCAUAAGUUGCUAUCUAUACACGUUAGAGAUUUCAGAAAGCAAUUUAGUCAAUGUGAAGGAUCCAGGUUUGAAUGUCCCAGCUUUUGUCCAUCAGUCAGCAUCUGAGACCGUCCAGCUAGGAGGCUCUGUGACUCUGAACUGUACCGUCCACACUGCAACCUGUGAGGGAGAACAAAGUGUUUACUGGUUCAAAAGCUCUAAAGAUGCUCAUCCAGGACUCAUUUACACCCAUGGAGCCAAGAAUGAUCAGUGUGCCAGGGACACACAAACACAAACACACAGCUGUGUCUACAACCUGCCAAUGAAGAGCCUGAAUCACUCUCAUGCUGGGACCUACUACUGUGCUGUUGCAUCCUGUGGGCACAUACUGUUUGGAGGGGGGACCAAGUUGGACGUUGAAGUUGAGGUCGACUCUUCUGUCUUGGUGUAUUUCUGGCAUGGGGCUUCGACAUUCACAGCCAUCCUGGUUGUUUUACUGGCUUUCACAGUGUGCAUGAUGAACAGCAACUGCAAAUCUACAGGUACUGUUCGUAUCUUACAACUUGUAUUCACAGAAUUUUGGCUUCUGAAUAAAACAACCCUUUUUUCUGUCCCAGAGUCCCAAGCAAGAAUCCCAGCUCCCUCCGCUUCAAAUGCAAAGAGUUUCCGGCAUGCAGAAAAACUGUAUUAUGCUGCUUUCAGUGUCAACCUACACAACAGAUCAAAAAGACAGAGGGAUCCCACCUGGAGCGAAUGUGUGUACUACAGUGUAAAGAAUUAGAACUGGACACAUUAUAUUUGCAAUUAAUGAAUAUUUGCUGUAUAUCAAAAUAAAAUCACCCUAUGCUUUGCUUAUGUGCAUGUUUAGGACACUCUAUUGUCUGUGAGGGUCAAGAUCAUCUUAUACUUUUUGUGUAAAUCCUCUUUACCAAAUCAUAGAUGUGUU